CUUGACUGAAUGAAUGAUAUCUUUGUUUUCUAAGUCAGUCACAGCCCUGGGGCGACGCCAUAUUGGCCGGGCAGAAUUGAAACAGAACCGAUUUCUACGGGAUAAAUUUCCACCGAUAUUCAUUGUGAUCUCGAGAGCGCUGUAUGUAGGACUACACAGGAAAUCAUCGUGGUUAUGAAUUCCUUCCUAACUGUGUUCGGAGUCGUCCUUCUCUGUGGGAUAAGCCUGAACCAGGCUAUAACGCCAUGUCCAAAGCAGUGUGUUUGCGAGGAGCAAUUUUUCCCCGAAACGCAAGGCUUUGGAGCGAAAGUGAACUGCUCAGGGAGAAAACUGAAGAAGUUUCCUCGGCCUCUACCAUAUGUAACUACGACAUUGCUACUUCAGAACAACAGAUUAUCCAAGCUGGAAGGAAGGCACUUCCACGGAAUGAUCUAUCUGAGGACCUUGCACCUCGAAGGUAAUCGAAUAAAAAAGAUUGGAGCAACUUCCAUGGGAUAUCUUCCUUCUCUUCAAACUUUAUAUUUGCAGAACAAUCGUAUCGAAGAACUGGCUUUUGGAGCAUUUAGGAAUUGUUCAAGACUUCUAACUUUGAAUCUUGCCAAGAACAAGCUUAGUACCCUUCAGUAUGCUGCGUUUGAUGGACUGAGUCAACUGGAUGCAUUGGACCUUAAUGCGAACUUGAUCAAUUCGAUAGAGGACGGGGCAUUUCUUGGUCUCCAUCGUCUUAAGUCAUUGUCCCUGAGCCAAAACCAGAUUACAAAGAUUGGGGCGUACCUCUUUGCUGAUGUCUACUCUCUUACUUCGCUAUACCUUUUUCGAAAUCAGAUUUCAGUCAUCGAAAAUGGUGCCUUUUCACGACUGCUGUAUCUCAAAACUCUAUCACUUUUUGACAACAAGAUUUCUGCUAUUCGUCAGAAAACUAUUGCUGGACUUGAGAACCUCGAGGAACUCUAUCUGCAACGAAACCGAAUUACCGAUAUUGAACCUUGGUCCUUCUCAGCCACCAAGAAAUUGCGAUUAUUGAUUCUGUAUUCCAAUCUUCUCUCAUUUAUUCCCGACAACAUGUUUGAGGAUCUGAGAUAUCUAACUGUCCUCCAUCUUGGUAUCAACACAAUCUCCUACGUCGCAGACGAAGCAUUCCGCCAUCUCGGACGCCUAAGCGUGUUAAAUCUCGAUUCAAAUCGUCUCACUCUGCUUAACCCAAAGACGUUUUACGGCCUUUCAAAUCUCAAAGAUAUACAUCUUUACUUCAACAACAUUUCGUAUGCCGGAAAAGGAACAUUCGAUCAUUUCAAGAGAAUAACAAGAUUUUUAUGGGAUGUCCCGGAGGCCUACCGUGUGUCUCUGAAACCUAAUGCGGUUAAAUCGAGAGGGAGUGGGCUCCAUUGUGAUUGCAACGCACGUUGGUUGAAGGCCUGGUUACUUGAAAGAAAAUUCGCCGACAUCACAUGUGCCAGUCCCGCCCACUUGACAGGGGUCACGGUAACAAAACUGAGGGAUAGGGACUUCGUAUGCGGUGCUCUCGAAGUUGUAGUGUACCCGAAGCAAGUCCUCGCCAUUCUCGGACAAAAUGUUGAACUACGUUGCCAUACAAGUCUAGGCGCCACAUAUCAGUGGAAUUUGAAAGGUGUUAAACUGGAAGCUGAUCAGUAUCGCGUGCCUAACCCCCUUGGUCUGCUGACGAUCUACGGUUUGGCCGAGGAGGACUUGGGAGAGUAUGUCUGCGUUGCUCAGAACGAGGCUGGAAUUGUAGCCAGUCAUGCGAUGGUAACCAGUGGAGUUCGUCCCCAGUUUACCGUAUACCCGUUAGCAGUUGACGCCACGGAGCCGUUAAAACCAGUGGUGCUGAAAUGCCGAGCGAAGGGAACACCAACACCUGAAAUCAAGUGGUACAAGGAAAGUCUGUUGAUUGUGGGUAGCCCUGAGGAGUCACGCUUACAAAUUACUAUGGAGGGCUCCCUAGUGUUCAUGGGAAAGAGGUUUCACAUCACGAAGGAGGGGUCUCUGAUAAUACUUGAUCCUCGAGUGGAGGACGAGGGGACAUACACGUGUUCAGCAGAGAACGACUUGGGGAAAAUAUCGUAUGACGUCAGCCUUUACGUUGAAACAAAUAGUAAGUGUGCUCGUGGUUGAAGAGGUGGCGGAGUUUGUACAGCAGUGAAGUAUGACUGUAUAUGUACCCAAGGAUCUCACAAGGAAGGACACCAAUGUAUACAAGAUAAAAAGAUCACGAAUAAAAAAACAGUCGAAACAGGUUCCGGUUCGGGAUCAGGACCUGGUUCGGGGGAUGCGGAAUCAGAAGUUGGAUCAGGAUCGGGUGACGUGUCACCUACGAAACCAACUUCUCACAAAACAGACGGGCCGGGAAUUGAUCAGGAGACUGGAAGCGGAAGUGGGGAAGGUCAAAGGCCCUCUUCAGCCUCCAAAGGACCUGGGGUAGAUCAAGAGGAAUCUGGUGACCUUACAUCGUCGACACCCUCGUCUGAGGCCGGUAGCGGAAGUGGUAAUGGAAAUGCGGGAGGAGAAACUGAGGACGGAAGUUUGGAGACUAGGGUCCCAGUGAAGGAGAGAUCCCGGGCGAAGCCAGUGAAUCCUUUAGAAGCCCCACCAUCGUGAGAACAUUCAGAAUGUCUUCUUUUUUUGCAGCGGUUACGUUCAAGACUAACAAAGCCAGUUGUGGUGUUGAGAUAAACCCAACGCCAUAAAAAACCAUUUUAAAAACCUGUCGCUAGUUUUAUCAACUAAAUAGAUGCACCUUUAGAAUUGUUGCCGAUACGUCUAUGAUUAGUGUGUGAUGCUAAUGAAUUAAUUACAAUGUGUUCACCAAUAUGGAUACAAUGAUACUCAUGGGAGCAUGGACAGGAUUCUCCAUGUUCAGAGGAAUUAGAGGUUCUACAAUAACACCGUACAGGAACCGGUAGCAUGCCUUGUGUUGUACUCUUCAACUGUCACUUCUCUUUUUGAAAAAGGGAUAGGGGGUCAUAAGCACUCUACAACCCUCCUAAGAUACAACCUUGUACACUAGGCCCUUUAACUCCCAAGAUCUGAUAGCUAAUUCUCCACUCUAGCUGCUACACAUUUCUUUGUAAAUUAGUUAUGAGAAUUUGGUGUUAGAUCAAGAUAACAUGUACCCAAUACAUUUAGGUGUUCUCAUUACCUGUUUGCUGGAUAGUGCAUGGAUUUUGUAAGGAGAAAUUACAUAUGAAUCACCUCUGGGAAUAAAAGGGUUUACACAGCACUAGAUGAGCUGUGAAUAUCCUUAAUUUGCACAACUUAGUAAAUUUCUCUCCCGUUUCGUGUAUCCAUGUAUCCGCAUGAUUAUGAAACUGUUGAAUACAAAGUCACCCAAUGCAUUUUUCCCAGACAUGAUACACAAGAUGAACAAUCAUUCUGAUCAUUUGCUGCUAAAAACAAGAAAACUUCAAAGAAUGAAAUUGUUGAUAACUUAAAUUCUUCUCUCCUCUACCGCUGCAUUGUCUAAUUAAGUUUUAGAACAAGAACUUGGAAGUAAGACAAUUAGUGCUUAAAUUAAUAAAGGAUUUUUUUUUCUGUAA